GAAUGCUUCACAGAAUCUCCAUUGAUUUGUGAGUAAUCAGAAAUGCAAAUAGCUCCUCAGGAAUCAAGCUAAGCUCAAAGAAAUUUUACUUACCAGUUUCAAGGCAUGCAACAUGGAGCGCAAGACUGAGGGAAAGGGAAAACACCAGCACAGCUUGAACUUACUAGAUAAAAUUAAGACUAUGAAAGAGUUAGAAGAAAUGAUUGAUGUAGUGCUCAUAGCAGAAGGGGAGAAAUUUCCCUGCCACAGACUGGUCCUUGCUGCCUUUAGUCCUUACUUCAAGGCUAUGUUCACUUGUGGACUCCUCGAGUGCACUCAGAGGGAGGUCAUACUCUAUGAUAUCACAGCAGAAAGUGUGUCAGUGAUACUAAACUACAUGUACAGUGCUGUUCUGGAGAUCAAUAACGCCAACGUACAGACUGUAGCAAUGGCCGCCUAUUUUAUGCAGAUGGAAGAAGUCUUUAGUGUGUGCCAAGACUAUAUGAUGGACCACAUGGAUGCCUCCAACUGCAUAGGAAUUUAUCACUUUGCAAAACAAAUUGGAGCAGAAGAUUUAUCUGAUCAGUCAAAGAGGUAUUUAUAUCAGCACUUCGCCGAGGUAAGCCUUCAUGCAGAAAUACUAGACAUCGAAGCUCACCAGCUUCUGGCACUUAUUAAGUCUGAUGAUCUAAAUAUAUCCAGAGAAGAGAGCAUUCUGGACUUGGUUCUGAGAUGGGUAAAUCAUAACCAAGCUUUGCGCACAGAGCAUCUCGUUGAGCUUUUGAAGCAAGUCAGAUUGGAACUUAUAAACGCUUCCUUUCUAAGACAGGCCCUCAGAAGGAACACGAUGCUCCUCUGUGAUGGCAGUUGCAUUGAUAUAAUCCAGAAUGCGUUCAAAGCCAUCAAGACGCCCCAGCAGCACUCCUCUAACCUUCGCUAUGGCAUGGAGACCACCAGCCUUCUGCUUUGCAUUGGGAACAAUUCUUCUGGAAUCAGAUCACGGCACAGGAGCUAUGGGGAUGCCAGUUUUUGUUAUGACCCCGUGUCACAGAAGACCUAUUUUAUCUCAUCACCCAAGUAUGGGGAGGGUUUGGGAACAGUGUGCACUGGGGUAGUCAUGGAAAACAAUACUGUAAUUGUGGCUGGAGAAGCAACUGCCACUAGGCUUUCCAGGCAAAAGAGCAAGAAUAUUGAAAUUUAUAGGUAUCAUGAUAGAGGGAACCAGUUUUGGGAAAAGUUGUGCACAGCUGAAUUUCGAGAGCUCUAUGCUCUGGGCAGCAUCCACAAUGACCUCUAUGUCAUAGGAGGACAGAUGAAAAUUAAAAACCAGUACCUCAUAACAAACUGCGUUGAUAAAUACUCUGUAGAUCAAGACAACUGGAAACGAGUAUCUCCCCUUCCCCUGCAGUUGGCUUGUCAUGCUGUGGUAACGGUGAACAAUAAACUGUAUGUCAUCGGAGGCUGGACCCCUCAGAUGGAUCUUCCUGAUGAAGAGCCCGAUCGAUUAAGCAACAAACUGUUGCAGUAUGACCCCAGCCAAGAUCAAUGGAGAGAGCGGGCACCCAUGCAGUACUCUAAGUACCGAUUCAGUGCAGCCGUCGUCAACAGUGAGAUCUAUGUUCUGGGUGGAAUUGGCUGUGUGGGCCGAGACAAAGGACAAGUUCGGAAAUGCCUUGAUGUGGUGGAGAUCUACAACCCAGAUGGGGACUUCUGGAGGGAAGGCCCGCCUAUGCCAAGUCCCCUCCUCUCACUGCGAACAAAUUCCACCAACGCAGGUGCCGUGGAUGGGAAGCUUUAUGUCUGCGGCGGAUUUCAUGGAGCAGAUCGCCAUGAGGUUAUCUCCAAAGAGAUUCUGGAGCUGGACCCUUGGGAGAACCAGUGGAACGUUGUGGCCAUCAAUGUCCUCAUGCAUGACAGCUAUGACGUCUGCCUGGUAGCUAGGAUGAACCCCCGAGACCUCAUCCCACCACCCUCCGAUCUGAUCGAGGAAGAUGGUGACCACAGAGAGCAGAGAUGA